CAUCUAAUUUAGGUUUUGAAGUCUAUCUUAGGUUGUUCAUAUUAAAUAUUAAUUUAAAUGGCAGACCUUUAUCCCCUAACUAUGGUGUUAAUGGGGCGUACUGGAAAUGGAAAAAGUGCAACUGGAAAUAGUAUUCUUGGAAAGAAGUUAUUCAAGUCAAAGAGAAGUUCUACGGGCAUUACAAGUACUUCCGAGAUGAAAACAUGCGAACGGUCAGAUGGACAAGUAAUAAAUGUCAUAGAUACUCCCGGUCUAUUCGACUUAUCCCACGGAACAGAACACGUCACGAGGGAAAUAGUGAAAUGUUUGGAAUUAGUAAGGGAAGGCAUUCAUGCUGUUCUGUUGGUUUUCUCAGCGAAAAACCGAUUCACUCAAGAAGAAGAAGCCACCCUCAAAACCUUGCAAAAUUUAUUCGGAUCUACGAUUGUAAAUUAUGGUGUUGUAGUCUUCACUGGAGGCGACGAAUUCGAUGACGAUGAUGACGACGAUGAAGGCGGCACCUUCGACGAUUACUUGCUUGGCUGUCCUGUGGCCUUAAAGGAUAUCCUAGCCGCUUGCAAGGGACGGUAUGUACUUUUUGACAACAAGACCAGCAGCGGAAGCAAGAAGAAUGAACAAGUGAAUAAGCUUUUAGAUUUAGUGAAAGAAGUGAUGGACCAAAAUGGAGGACAAGCAUUUACACAUAGCUUGUUUCUUGCUAACAAGUUUGAGGACAAGGCGGAAGAAAUAAAACGCACACUUGAGAAGCAAAUAGAAGAAGAAAGAGAAGCAAGGCGUAAAGCGGAAGAGAAAUAUCAAGAGAUGCAAAAACAAUAUGGGAAUGAUAUUCAAAGACUCACUGAUUUGCAGGUACAGUUGCUAGAGCUACAACAACAUCAACAAGAAGUGCUAGCAAGAAGGCCACCUCGAGCUCCACCUAAAAUCGAAUAUAUUUGUACUAUUGUCUAACUACAUAUUAUUAUGAUAAUAAAUUUAUGUAACCACAUGAAAAAAUUAUAUAUAAUUGUGUGUAUAUUAUCACAUAAUAUAUGUGGUAAUAAUGGUUGAAUAAAUAUACGAAGAAAAUAAAAAGUAUUAUGAAUAUUAUAAUAAUAAAUAGAUGUUCAUUGCUUAGUGUCCCAAAAGUCAUGUGUCACUCUUCAUGUUAUCCACGUGCGUUGUAAUUAUUCAUGUUUGGCGUCCAUAUAAGUCCACAUCCUACUCGCCACUUUGCCUAUAAAUAGUGGCAUUUUGUGGAUCUUAAAAUCACACACACAUUGGACAAAUUCUAUAUAAAUUGGAGAAAGUGGAGAAAUUUGAGA